UAUUUCUUCAACCGAGUUGAAUAGACCAUUAGCGAUUUACAUAAUCAUAAAGAUAGGUUUAAACGAAAUAUUAUGUUCAAUGCAUGGUAUAUCAUGAUCGCGACGCUAAUGGUUUAAGUGAGAAGUUUAUACGUAACAAUGCACUUAACGAAAUAGACAAGAUAGUGGCUUUAUCUAAAAGUACUAGAAGGACCAUAUCAGGACAGUUUUUUAGUGGGUCAAGUGAUCCAGUUUGGACCUUAAAACAAACGGAGCUAUAUUGCAGAAAGAUUGUCCUGGGGAUUUUGAAGAUGGUGUGAGUUUGUGUCGCGAGUUAAAUACUAAACAGAGAGAGCGAUUAUUGACUAUUUUGUACAGACUGAAUCUGAGCUUAACAGUGAUUUGGACUGCUGAGUCGGAUUUGCAUUGGCAGAACUUUGAAAAACUCGGUGGAACACACGCUUUGUGAAAAUAAUUAAUACUAACAGUUUAUGGUAUUGUUUAGUGCGCAUUUUUUAGACUAGGGGAGUCUUUUUAAGGGAAAUGAGUGCUAUAAUACGUACGUUUGAGACAUAGGUAUAACCGGAAAAAAGAAGCUAACUAGACACUGGGAAAUGUUUCUGGAAUGUUUUCGGAAGGCAGUCAAAGCAUUUAUUGUGUUAUGAAAUAUAAUAACUUUAAAUUAUUAGUUCAAGAGGUGCUAAUGUGAUGGAAAACGUUGGCUUUAUGAACAUGUGUUAGGGUUUCUGGGGAGCCGAUUCAUUAUAUCUCAGUUUUGAUGGAUAUGGUUUGUGUUUCAUGUUAAACGCGAUAUGGGCCAUAUUUUGUAAUUAAUAAAGCAAUGAUUCGAGACAGUGUUUAAACCAGACUGGAGGACGAUUUUUUAUGUUCAUUUCUGUGCAUAAAAUUAAAUGCAUUAACCGCCAUUGCAUCGGGACAAUUAUCGGUACACGCACGACUAUACUUAGAAUUUUAAUUUAAUUGUUGAAACAUAUCGCGGUUAAAUGUGUAGGAAAGACAGCAAAAAACUCGAAAAACAGUUUGAAACUGAAUAACAAAGAAUAUUUCAACAUAGCAAAGACAGCAUAAGAUAGUGAAAAAAUCUGCAAAUAUAAUUUAGAUCGUUUAUAUCUUUAGGUCACUGAAAUAUUCGCGUUAUCAGUGGAAGGGCUUUCAUGUUCCUUGCCAGGAUUUGAAAUAACUGUGUCUCUAAGACCUUAACGAUUGUCACAAGAUUUAUAAUGUGGAUUUAGUCGUUUGUUCGUGUUCAUCUAGUGCCUGUUAAGAAUAAGUUUAUUGCGGAUGUCUUAUAAAUAAUAUGUGACAAGGGAUCGAACGUGUGUGAAUUUGGAGUGCAGUUUUAAAGCUGAGUAAACAUCAUUCACUUUUGAGAGGCGCUGUAGGAAAACUUGUAAACAUUGAAAGAUGAAAAUUGAGUUUUUAAAGUCACAUUAGCUCAAUGAUGGAAUUAUUGAACUAGGACUUAUUUGUAUGGAGUAAAAGUGGGAACAUCGUGUUCCAAAGGGAGUGAUUAAGUUUUAUUUAUAAACCUUUUUUUGGAAAUGGAAAAUAAAAAGCAAUGGUGAACAAUAACUAUCAGGGACCACGGUGGUCAUUCAAGGACAGUGUGGCAGUGGUCGUAGUGAAACUGGUUCUACUAACAUCUUUGGUCACGUGCGAUAAGGUUCCAAUACCAAAGUUCCAAGACCUCAGGGAUAACUAUCCUGGCUACGCUCAUUACGGUGGUUCAUAUAGAAACCAUGACCUUCUUGCUCACCUUGACCUUCACAACACAUCCAAUCUUCUCAUACACGACACGAGUGCCUUGAGGCUCUCGGAAAGUUUGAAUCGAAUCGGAGGAGUACAUUCGUUAGGAACUGAACUUAUUCGACUUUCGAAAUAUGGUCACGAUAGUGUGGAGGGGAUAAACAAGAUGCAGUAUAUCUAUCUACCAAUAGCCUUUGGGCCCUACCUUGCUGAUAAAUAUGGCUAUCCAAAUAUAACCAAAAUCCACAUGACUGAUCCCUCAAAAACAAAAAAUACAUUUUGGGGAAAGCAAGGUAUUUUAAGAGUGAUUACAUAUACUGUGCAUGGCAAUAAGCCAAAGGGACAUGUUGCAUUGUGGGACUGUAAUCAUUUUUACCAAUCAAAAGACUGGAUAGCAGAAAAUAGUUUACUUACAGUGGAAUUCUGGGAAUCGCCAGAUUGCUGCUGUACGGUUGACUGUGAUAAACAAGUCGACCAAUCAACUUCAGUCAAAGCAGAUGGCAUUGCUAGCCAAUCAGAUGAGCCGUUACAAAAUGACGAGAGCCAAUCAAAACUUAUUACAGUUUUAAAAACAGGUCACGUGUCAUCAAAGGAAAGUUCAUUACCGGAAACAGAUUUAUCUUCAAUUAUGAGGCAUUCUUCACAUAAGAAGGGCCAUAGGGUUUCUUGAACAUCGAUGAGGAUUUAUAUAACAAGUUUUUUAUUCUGACAGUAUUCAAAAGCAGCUUCCAGAAGCAAAAUCAAAUGUCUUCCAGAUCAUAGAUCUUAACCCCCGAACAUAAAUUGUGCAUACUUUAAUAUAUUUGAUUCACUUAGCACUUCGUCUUAGUGGAAGCAUGGUAUUUAAUAUAUAUAUAUUUGGCAUCUACUUGAAGGCAUUCUGAUGUAUUCAACAUAUUUAAACUAUUGUCUUAAUACUUGAAUACGCAAAUUAUUUACAGUCAAUUUUAUUAGAUACAGUCUUUGUUUAAACAUUUCCAUCGUUAAGUAGACUCACUCGGCCUUCAUGAACCGAUUUUAGUUUUUUCUGGCAGCCAAUUUUUCUUGUGCUAUCUUGAUAACAAUAAUCCUAGUCAGAUAAUGUUUUGUGCAUUGCUCGUACAAUUAUGUUAUAUAAUAUGUGUAUAUUAAUUGAAUGUCAUUUUAUGUCUGAAACUCCCAUGCUUGUAUGUAUAAAUUGUUAACUAUUA